AUGGCAUCUUCGAUUUCCGUUCCAGAUGCUCUCCCAGAGGUAACAGUGAAUGUUGUCCCCUGUAGAAUCCAUUAUUCUGGGCCUGCAAAGACUGCGGAGUAUUUUACUCCUUCUAAAAGCAACGAGGUGGUUGGCGGACGCGUCCAACACAUCGCGCAGUUUCGUGGUUUGAGGCUAGUCGGCGAGUCGAUCCCCAUUGGCGACAAGAAGGGCUAUUUCGUUUCCAAAUCUGAACUUUUGGUCCCUGCGCCUGAAGAAGAAAGUGGGUUUACUACGUCAAACCAGUAUGGGGCAGAGGCGCAAUUUGACGAGCUCUGCGUAUAUGGCCAGGAUUCGCUUGUGGCUCUGACGAGUCAGUGGAAAUUGAUGAGUGAGUGGGAAGCUAUCGCAGAAGUUCUUCACAGCUGA